AUUUUGAUUCAUCACGUGAAUCACGUGCUCGAUCAGCGUUCUAACAUGUGAAUAUAUUAUUGUGUUUUUUCAAAAUUCCAAAAUUUGACUGAAUAAUUUUUCUCUCAUGUCCAUUAUUUCGUAUCGUUUCGUAUCUCGUUUUCUAUCUUCACGUACUAUCUUACAUAAUAAAAAUCGAACAAUGUUAAGUAAUAAUAUAUCGGCUCGUAUCAAUAUGAUUGUCAUGGGAAAUGGUGCUAUGAUGCAACCAUCGGUAAUUGUUACAACGGAUAAAAUUAAUUACCUAUUCAAUUGUGGUGAAGGUACACAACGAAUGAUCAUUGAACAUAAUAAAUUCCUGAAAUUGGGUAAACUUCAUAAUGUAUUUUUCACUGGUACUACAUAUGAAAAUUGGUCCGGUUUUUUUGGUCUCAUAUUAACCGUUGCUGAUAUUAAAAAUCAAUUGAAAUUUUAUGGUUCAAGCAAAUUCGAACAGAUCAUACAAAUGUAUCGUCAAUUUUUACAAUCAGCUAGUAAAGUUGAACUUCAACAUAUUGUAACCGAUAAUAGUGAUGCAGUGAUAGAUUUAAUCGAUGAUGAUGAUUUCCUAAUUCGAUCAUUAUCAUACAAAGAAUCAACAGCAUACAUUGUUAUUGCCAAAGAUAAAAUCGGACGAUUAUUGAUUGAUAAAUGUAAACAAUUAAACAUACCACCUGGGCCAAAAUUUGCUGCAUUAAAAAAUGGCCAAACAAUCGAAAUCGAUGAUAGAAUUAUUCAACCUGGCGAUGUUCUUGGACCACCUGAACCUGGUGCAGCUAUUGUGAUAUUAGAAUGUCCACAAUUCGAUUAUCUAAAUGAUUUUUAUCGAAAAGUGAAAAAUUUCACUCCAUAUGUACAUGGAAAACAGAUCGAAUUAGUUGUUCAUAUGACACCGGCUACAAUUGUCAGUGAUUCCAAUUAUCAGCAAUGGAUCAAAACAUUCGAUUCAAAUGUUAAACAUUUGAUUUUGAAUGAAAAUUCUGGUUAUGAUUUAGGUCUUAUUUCGUCCACUGAAUUACAAAUCAAAUUAAAUCUACUUGAUAAUGAAAUAUUUCCAUUAUUACCGGAACGACAAUCUAGUGGCGAAAAUGUUGAUUUUGAAUGCCAGAAAAUUAUUGAAAAUGUACCGAAUCUAUUCACAUAUCAGAUAAGACCGCGAAGAAAAUUUGAAAUCCUCGAUUCAAAUUGUCGCUAUUUGAAUAGUGGAAAAAUUCAAGAGGAAAUUCUUGAACAAACAGAAUUCAAAAAUCGUCUUGAUGAAUAUAAAUCAAUGGCAAUAACAAACCAACAACAGUCAUAUCCAAAUGUAAUAUUUCUUGGAACCGGUUCCAGUUCACCGGGUAAACAACGUAAUACCAGUGGUAUAUUAGUCAAUGUGAAUACAGAAAGAUCUAUCCUAUUGGAUUGUGGUGAAUCAACCCUUUUGCAGAUGAAACGAUUUUUUGGUCAUGAUCAUUAUCACCGAGAAAUUGGUCGUAUUGAUGCUAUAUUCAUUUCACAUUAUCAUGCUGAUCACCAUUUUGGUCUUGUCAAGUUGAUAAAAGAACGUUUAAAAUUAUCAACCAAACCAAUAUGGGUUAUUGCACCAUAUUCAAUUCUAUCAUUUCUUGAUUAUUUUGCCAUAAAUUUUGAAAAUAUCUCCAAUGGUUAUCGUGGAAUUGCAUGUGAAACAUUAUUGUUCGAUAAACUUACGAAAAAGUUGAAUCAAAAUGAAGAAAAACAAGAAUUAUUACGACAACUUGUCAUCAAUGAAAUUGCCACUGUAUUGGUACCACAUUGUUUUGAAAGUUAUGGUAUUAUUCUGGAAAUUUUUGGAAAAAAAUUAGCCUAUUCCGGUGAUUCAAUGUAUUCUGAUUCAUUUGAUCAUAUUGCACAAAAUUGUGAUAUGAUCAUACAUGAAGCAACAAUGAAUGAUGAUCUAUGGCAAGAAGCUGAAUACAAACGACAUUCAACCAUAUCACAGGCAAUAAAUGUUGGACGACGAAUUGGAGCACACUAUACGGUGUUGACACAUUUUUCACAACGUUAUGCAAAAAUAGCACCGAUAACUCUAAUCGAUGAUAAAUCAUUGGCUAGCUAUAUUGAAAAACAAGUUGUAAUUGCAUUUGAUUUUAUGCAAAUUUCAUUCACAAAUUUAGCACGUGCUGCACGUCUCAAAUAUCCUCUUGAAGUAUUAUUCGAUGAAGAGAUACAACGAAUGCAGGACGUCGUAACCAAACGAAAUAAUAAACGAAAAUUAUUGGAAGAAUUUUCCUAAAAUUGAAAAAAAAAUUAAAAUUUUCAAAAAAAAAAUCUAUAACAUUCUUUAUGAAAAGACACACGAGUGUUUUUCUGUGUGUGUGU